AGUUCCGGUUCCGGUUUAGUCGUAGUGUUUUGUUGUCCUGGUGGUCCUCCACAAACAGACUGCUCCGGAUACUACUUGUCCUCCGGGUCUCCUCUGGUCCUCCAGGUCUCCUUUGGUCUCUCUCUCUUUAGCCGCUCAGAUGUACCGAGCUCCAGUCAGACCUCAGCGGAGUCCCGGAGCUCCGAGGCCGAGUGGAAGGUUUCCCUCCCCGGUCUCGUGCUGGGAUUUCCCCGGAGCUCGCUCUCCGUACGGAGGAUACCGCGGAGGUUCGCCCCGGGGCUGCCCCCCGUACUCCCCGGGUUCACCGGUUUAUUCUCCGGGUUCUAACCGGGGAUACUGGGACGGGUCUCCGGCCGGAUUCGGCGGUGGGUCCUGGGGUUUCGGGGGCCCUGUGCGGCGCAGAGGAGACGGUUUCCGGCGGCCUCAGUCCUUCAGUCCCGGAUCUGCUCAGAAGCUCCAGUCUGGAUCUUCAGAUGUGGAGAAAUAUUUUAGCCCAUCGAUGCUGCAGGAUCCCUGGGCCGCUCUGCAGCCAAUCAGAGCCGCCGACGCUAAUGCAGCCAGACACACAACCUGACACACACAACCCGACAGGAAACAACAACAGCUGCAGCCUGACACACAGUGUGAAACAGCUGCAACUUGACAGGAAACAACAAACAUCAGCAGUAAACAAACAAACAAAUAUCAGCAGUAAACAGACCUGAGGUCUGUGAGCAUCUUCAGUCACCAGCAGUCUGAGUUCAUCAGCAGCUUCAGGAUCAGAUUUCACUGAUUUCAGGGAUCAAUCACUUUGAUUAGCUGUGUUUCUAUGAUGAACUGAUGAUGAAACACAGAUCAGUGUUUUUAACAAAAUGUUUUCUAACUGUUUUUAAUCAGAUUCUUCUUCAUGCGUUUUAUUCUAGUUUGUAAAAAAGAAAGGUUCUGUUUGUUUUAAAAUUAAAAAAACUUUAGUUUUAAA